AGUCGAGGAGUGGAGGGAGGGGAGGGGGUCCUGGCCGCUGGGGGAGCCAGGGCCGCCCCUUGUCCGGCCACCCCCACUGCCCAGUCCCGCUCCCGGCCGCGGCUGCGUCCCCAGGAUGGUCAGCGUCGCGGCCGCCUCCGUCGUCCCCCCGGUCCGGCCCGCAGUGCCCGGCCCCGGUACUGGACGUCCCCCCCGCCCUCGCACACUCACCUAGAACUGGGGCCGGGAUGCCGAGGGCCUCUUUGGAUCCACUCUAUCAGAUGAAUAAUUUAUCCCGUGAUCUUAUAAUGGAGCUUCUUGCUGGGGAUGAUAUCAUUCUCCUAGGACAUGUGAUUGUUGGUGUGGAAGUUGUCGCCCAGCUCUGUUGAAGAUGCACUGGACACCAGAACAUGCUCAGCCUCUCAACCAGUGGCCAGAUCAGCACCUGGAUGUCUCCUCCACCACUCCAUCACCAGCCCACAAGUUAGAGCUGCCCUCUGGGGGCCGUCAGCGAUGCCACUAUGCCUGGGCCCACGAUGACAUCUCUACCCUCACAGCCUCCAACCUCCUCAAACGAUAUGCGGAGAAGUACUCGGGGGUCCUCAACUCUCCCUAUGACAGGCCUGCCCUGGGGGGCUAUGCCGAAGCCCCCUUUGGAGUCCUCAAUGGGGCUAAAGGAGAUGUGGAGUCCUGGCCUGGGACCCCGGGGACGGAGCCCCCAUACUCGGUUACCUCCCUCCAUGAGGGUCUCCCAGGAGCCAAGACAGCCAGCGGAGGUGGGGGAGGAGGCCCAGGAGGCCUAGGAGGGUCUCCCGUAUUGGCUGGGAAUCUCCCUGAACCUCUGUACACUGGCAAUGCCUGCGGGGGGCCAUCUGGAGGGCCAGAGUAUGGUCCUGGAUAUGGCGGGGGGUACCUGGCUCCUGGGUACUGUGGGCAAGCAAGUGCAGCUCUGCCCCCACCCCCCUCAGCCGGGCUUCUCCAGCCCCCCCCACCCCCCGGUUAUGGCCCUUCAGGCUCUCUGUACAACUAUGCCUCAGGGGGCUACCCAGCCCAGCCUGGUUUUGGGGGGCUCCCCCCACCCCCACCCCCUGCCCCAUACCUCUCCUCAGGUCUGGCCACCCCCACGCCCUUGCCCCCACCAGCCCCUGCUCCACCAACACCUGCAGCCUACAGCUUCCAGCCCACCCCGCCAGGGGGCGAGCCAGGCAUCUCCCUAAAGCGCAAGGCCUUUGAUGAAGGCGAAGGCAGAUACCACAAGUAUGGCUACGAACCCGCCAAGCCCCCCAUCCCGGACGGUCCCUCCUACCCUUCUUCGAACAACAACGGAGAAUGCCGGGGCAAUGGCUUCCGCGGGAAGCUGCCGGGGGCCAGGGAAGAGCUGUCCGGCAAAUAUGGAGGUGGGGGCGGCCCUUCCCUCAAGGUCCUGGCUUCUCCAGCCUACGCCCCACACCCAGAGUCCUUUGAGAAGUUCCCCGAGCGGGCGUCAGUGGAGCGAGGGCCGGCCCCGCCCUCUCGGGAGGGCUUCCUAGUCCCGGGGGAGCCUCCCAAGGCCGUGGACCCCGCAGCCCUGGACUUAGUGACCAGCAAGAUGGUGGACUGCGGGCCCCCGGUGCAGUGGGCUGACAUCGCAGGGCAGGGCCCCCUCAAGGCCGCCCUCGAAGAGGAUUUGGUGUGGCCCAUGUUGAGACCAGCCACGUAUCCGCGUGGGCCCUGUCCGCCCCGGACUUUGCUGCUUUUUGGCCCUCGGGGUGUGGGAAAGUCCCUCCUGGGUCGCUGCCUCUCCACCCAGCUGGGCUCCAUGUUGCUGUGCCUGAGUGGAGCCGCCUUGGCAGCUCAGGGCGCGGGGGAGGGGGGGCGCCUCCUCCAGGCUGCCUUCUUUGCUGCCCAGUGCCGGCCGCCUGCCGUGCUGGUGAUCAGGGAGCUGGAAGCCCUUCUGCCUGCCCAGGACGAGGCCCCCGCCUCUGGAAGCCUGCAGGCGCAGCUCCUGUCUUACCUGGAUGGCAGCAGCGGCGCCAGCGGGGAAGGGCUGGUGGUAGUGGGCACCACAGCCCGCCCCGGGGCACUGGACGAGGCUGCCCGGAGGCGCUUUACCCACAAAUUCUACGUGUCCCUCCCUGACGCGUCUGCUCGGGGGCAGAUCCUCCAGCGGGCGCUAGCCCAGCAGGGCUGUGCUCUGAGCGAGGGGGAGCUCUCCGCUCUGGUACCGGGCACCCAGGGAUACUCGGGGGGCGAACUGGUGCAGCUGUGCCAGCAGGCAGUGGCCAGAGCUGGCGCUGGAGCCGGGAGUGGGGUUGGAGCUGGCGGGGCCCUCCCAGGGUUGCAGCCAGCCCCCUCCUACAAAGACUUCGAGGCAGCCUUGGCCAAGAUGUGUCCCCAAGCCUCCCCCAAGGAGCUGGACUUGUACGUGGAAUGGGACAAGAUGUACGGCUCAGGGCACUGAUGGAGAAGUGCUGGGUGCCAUUUCCUCCUUCGCAGGGAGCAAUAACUGCUCUGCCAUGUCUCUGGAACCAGGCCCACGUCAGGGAGGGGAGGAAUAUGUGAAGAAUGUGCAGGGUGGGAGGGGGAAUUGGCAUGAGCGGCUUCCUUCCCGGCAUGGUUUUCCUGGUUAAGGAAGAAGCUUUGGCCCUGCCUGGUCACCCAGGGAAGGCUUCAUGUACUCAGGUCUCUACUAUUUAUUACCCCACCCCUGGGCUAAGUGACCUCAGGUCCCAGGAACCUUUCUUUCUUUCCAUCUGUCCAUCUUCCUCUCUGUCCAUCUGUCCAUGUCUCUCUCUGUCUCUGUCUCCCUCCCUCCCUCCUUCCCUCCCUCCCUCCCUCCCUCCCUCCUUCUCUCUCUCUCUCUCUCUCUCUCUCUCUCUCUCUCUCUCUCUCUCUCUCUCUCUCUCCCUCCCUCCCUCCCUCCCUCUCUCUCUCCCUCUCUCUGUCUCUGUCUCUCUGUCUUUCUCUCUUUCCCUCCUCCCCCACCCCUCUCCUCUGUCUCUCUCUGAAUGUCUGUCUUGCUCUCUGCCUUAGCUCCAUUUUGUGCUUUCUGGCGCUCUUGUCUAUCUCUGGAUCUCUUUCCUGCUUCUCUUUUCCCAUCUCGAUCCCUGCUCUCUCUUGGCUGGUUUCUCUGUGUCUCUCUUCUGAUUUUGCUUGUAAUCUCUUCAUCUCUGACUCUGUCUCUCACCGAUAGAUAGAAUAAUGUUCAGGAAGAGCUGAUGAAGGGCUCUGAAGCCUCAUCGUUGACUCUUAAGGAUCCCGGAAUGGGGAAAGAACUCAUUGCCCUUUAUUUCUGUCUCCUUCCUGGGACCCCUCCUCUGCUCCCCAGGCUACCUUCUAGCCUGGGAGAGUCAAACAAAAGGCCAAAUCAUCCCGAAAAGAGGGAUUUCUUUUUGGGAAGGAGGGGAGUAGCAUGUUUACUCUUCUAUCCUUCCUGUUUAUUUUUGUAAGCUUUGUAGAAGUUGCUGUUUUCUGUUGUUGUUGUUGUUUUUUUUAAUGACUCAGGAAAAAACUGACCCCAGAAAGAAUGUCUUUGAAUUUAGCUGCUCCUCAAUGUUCCCUGUUGGGGCCGAGAGCAACUGCCCCCAAAAGGGCUUAGGAAAUGGAACUAGCAUCAAAAUCUCUUCAACCCUAGCCCUCCUCCCAAUGCCCAGCUCCUUCUGGGAGGGAAGCUGAAUGUAUUUCUGGGGCUUCCUCUCCUGGUCUAAGGCCAUAAGCAAAGGAGCUUGGGAUGGAGUUGCUGGCUCUGGUUUUUUAAGGCAGGGGAUGUUCCCUCUCCCAUAUUCCCCCCUCCACCCCCAUCUUAGAUGUCCUCUUAUUCCCCCAUCCCCCUUUUCUCUGUCUGUUCCUGCUGGAUUCUGUAGAGAAGUUGUGAUUUUAAAAAGAAGACCCAAGCCCUACGCUGUGGCCUGGGGCCUCCCUAUCUUAAUUCAGAAGCUCUGUGUGCUGGUCAUCUCUGGAGCUGGGAGAAAGGAAGGGGUCCUGAUGCUCUGGCAGGAGUUCAGGGGGCUUCAGUGGAUGGAUCAGUGACGAGGAGGCAAAGACCUGCAGAAGUCACCUCUCACCUCCUGGGAUUUAUGGCCCCAUAUUGCAUUUUGGAUGGAGAUAUCUCAGUAGGGCCUUCAUUUGUUUUGUGUUUUGUUUGUUGGUGGGGAGUGAGAGGCAGCAGUGGUGCCUAGUAGAGGGAUGGGGACUCACAAACACCUGGGCAAGCAUUUCUCAGGCCUAUCAUAGAAGAUUCAGGGCAAGUUGGAAUGGGAAGAGGAUUGACAUCCACAACCCAGAAAGUGGAGUUUCAGGACCCUGGAUUAGAAAGCUGAGGAGGAGGAGGAGGAGGAGGAGGAAUGAAAUAUUUCUGUUCCCUCUUCUCCUUGCUUCAUCCCCCUCCACUCCCAUGUCAGGGACUCCCAUGCAGCAAGCAGCAUGGCUCCUGAGGACCAACUGCAAACCCAGGGAUCUGCCCUCUCAGAGUGCAGGGGAUUCAGGCUUGGGAAGGAGUAGUGCCACAGUCACAAGGGGAGGGCAGAGGUCUGAGCCUUCCUCUUGUCACUUUGGUAUUUAUUAGUACUGAGCUCCUUCCCAAUUUCCCCUUUCCUGCAUCUCUCUGGGAAGCCACUGCAGGGCCUUUAUCCAUGAGCUUCAGAUGCUUCCCUCCUCUCCCCACAUCCAGGUGCCCAGGGCUACCCAUGUGGCUGUGAUGUAUGGAAGGUCUUUCUGUGCCUUGGUCUAUGGAACUAGGAGGGAAAGUCAUUAGCACCCAAUUGCUGUCCUGAUUGAUGUCCUGAUAUCUCCCUCUGCCCUGUCUCUGUCUCAGCCCUGUCUGCAGGUCCUUGAUCACUUUCCCAUCCCUGCUCCAAAACCCUUCUCCCCCACUGACCUACUGCCGGCAUCCUGGCUCCUCUCCAAGGCUGAUGAUUGGGCCAUCCCUAAUGCCGGGGUAAAGGAUUCUCUGACUGGGACCUCUCCCUUCUGAAUGAAGCCAGCUGCUCCCGUGGUCCCCACAGAGGUGGCCUUGCCCGGAACAGUGGCCUUUGGCAUCAAGCAACCUGAGAUUAACCUAAGGCUCCCCAGUGAGUGCCCCUCCUCGUGUUUGCUCUUUAAAGAAGGGGAAGGAGAGAGAAAAGGAUUCACACUGGGCUCUGUCCAGGCUGCAGGGGUGAGAGAAGAGCAGCAAAGGGCAUUCAGCUACCUCAGUUUCCAGGUUAGGUCAGAAGCUUGGAUUUAAGAAGCCCAAGUAUUUACAUUUAGUUCCAAGCUGAGAUCUCUGGAGGGGGAGACUUGGCAUCUCUGAGAUCCUCCCUGGUAGAGCUGGGAUGAGGGAGGACGCAGCCAGUCCAUCCUAUUUCUUCAUUCAAGCCAUGCUUCCCUGGCUUGGUGGGUCUGGGGAGGCUUUAGCCAAGGUCUUGGUCCAGGGAGUGGGAUAGGGAACGAUCCCUCCAUAGUUUCAAUCCUCUCCCUCCUCUCCCCAUUUUGAUCUAACCCUUCCUUUUAUCCUCUCCCUCUAAAUCUAGCCUUGCCCCCCUGGCUCCUCAGUAACAGGACUAUUCACAUUGCACAGGAAAAACACUUUGGGAGGACUAGAGGAGAUGAGAGGAGAUUUGGGGGUUCCCACUCAGACCUUCAAGCUGAGGACCUGGAGAGGUGGGUGGGCUGGUGGUGCUGCUUCUUUCAGGGAUUUCCCACUAAGAAACCAGCAUCCAGAGAAUUUACCUCUGAUUUGUGAGCUUGGCUCUCCGGCAGAGAGAGGUAGAAAGAUUUCUCAAUGAAUGCCCCUAACCCCACCCCCAGAAGCCCCAUGGAGCUUCUCUUUUGCUGGACGCUCCUCCACGCUCACAUUAUUAUAGUUUACCCUUAGACCCCACUUUGCACAUGGGGAAAGUUCCCCCUCAUCCCCCAAAUCCCCCAAAUGUCUCAGUCUACCCAUCUAUACAAUGGGGACAGAGAUACACCUACCUCAAGGGGAAUUGAAUGGGGAGGAGGCUUAAACCAGCUUCAGUUGAGGUGGAGGGAGUAGAGCUGAAGGUUUCAGGUCAUGGGGGGCUGGGAGGAUUUACCAAAGAAUCCAGGGGCAGGGGCUCUGGGAAGGACCAGUGCCCUACUUUUUGAGCUGGUCCUUUUCUUCCUCCCUCCAGAUUUUGUUGGGGGAGGAGGGAUGUAACUAACCAUUUCUACCUCAUUUUGCAAUGUAUUGUACGCGGGCAUAUUUAUCUCCUGUCUGACCCAUGCUCUGGAGAUGUGGUCUGUCUACCUCAGAAAAGACUGUAUUUUAAAGAAAGAAAGUUGUAUUACACAAUAUUAAAGAGAUGACGUGA